AUGGACCCAGACCCACAACGUCGACCUCGCAAUAAGGUUUCAAUCACUUUUGCCAGCUCUAGUGUUGUUGGCGAAAAGUCGGAUGUCACCGCUGAAUCCACCUCUAAUGUUGACGAUGAAGAUGCCUCUGUCAUCGCUGGGGGUAUGUUCAAGCUGUCGACCACUACUGAGCCCAGCGGAGGCCUUGAUGAUGUGACCCUGCCCUAUGGCUCUGAAGGUAAAGCAAAGUCCAGCGGUGUUUUGCCCGAUUGGAACAAGGAAUCCGUCCGUAGCCUUAUCGCUAACAGGUUUACUACCGGUGAGUGGAACGCUUCGGAGGAUGCAGAAAAAUUACUCGAAGUAGACGAAGACGCAAGGCAGCAACUUCAAAAGCUCAAGGCUUCACAGCUGAAAAAGGCUGCAGGUAGUCGCGUCCAGUAUCGUCCACAAUCGGAACUGGAGUCGUCCGAGGAUCGCGUAUUUCGAGGAUUCCUCAGCAGUCCUGACUGGGUUUCUUUCACCAUCAUUGUGAUAGGUCUGCCUGCCUGCCUGCCUACCUACCGCAAGUUUGUAAGUCUUCUUCGGCCAACGAAACGUCAAAAAAUGUUAGAAAAACGUCAGCGACAUAAGGAACUCUUUGACAAACUGUAUGACGCAGCUCAACGCGGAACAGCUACCGGUGACGAGAAGGCAACGGCAUUUUACGAUAAAAUCAUGGACAAGCUAGAGAGUCAGAAAAAUUUGAACAAGGAGGUUCUCAAUAGCCUCCCGCCCAAUAUACGCGAGGAAAUCGAAGGUGCUGCACCGGGUGCCUAU